AUGAACCUGGGUCUCAAGAAGGCCUUCGAAGCCGCCUACCCCCCCAAGCAUCCCGACCACCGGGACCUCAUCGAGGUUGACUUUGUCGAGUUCGUAUGCUCCUGCGUUGGCGAAGAGAUGUUUGCAAGGCUCUCCGACGCCAUUCAUGGAAUCCAAGAGCUGGUGGACAAGGACUGUUUUCGCGCCUACUUUGACGCCGGCCUUCAACAGCUCAAGGCCAACAGAGUGGUCCCUCCUGCAGACACUUCACUCUUCCAGGAAGCUGAUUUUAACCGCGAAGAAGUCCCGGACAUUUCAGAAAAUCCCUGCUUCAAGUCAAUUGUCACGACAGCCUGGGGGUUCGAUGUCUUGUGGUGGCUCUUUGAGGAACGGCAAGACAUUUUGGCAACGUUUGUGCGGCAGUUAACGUUGCCCAUGGCAGAGAUGCAUUCAUCCGUGUUUCGGGUAGUGCCUAGCAAUGUAGGGACGUAA